UGAAAGCAACGCAUUCUUAAUUGUACUGUAUUGAAUAGGGAGUCGAACGUAGAGCGCGAUCACACACACCUACCCACUCACUCUGUCGUCGUACCGAAUACAGUAAAUAGAUACAUACAUAUGCAGAGGCUCCUUUAAUUUCUCUCAGUCCUAACCAUAUUUCAAUUCACGACAAAACAUAAAUACAUUCUUGUCUUCCUCCCCGGGCCGAUGGAUCGAUCCACCAGCCAGUGGAAGAGGCGGAUGAUUCUGUUGAGAAGAUGUUUGCGGCGGGGUCUGAGAAGGUGCUUUCGUGGAGGGAUCAGUUGAGUUUGAGGGCAUUGGUAGUGAGUUUGGUGCUGAGCAUUCUCUUCACUUUCAUAGUCAUGAAGCUCAACCUCACUACUGGCAUCAUCCCUUCUCUCAAUGUCUCUGCUGGCCUCUUGGGCUUCUUCUUUCUCAAGACUUGGACCAAACUUCUCGGGAAAUCUGGCCUUUUGAAACAGCCCUUUACCAGGCAAGAGAAUACUGUCAUCCAGACCUGUGUUGUUGCCUCUUCCGGCAUUGCCUUCAGCGGAGGUUUUGGAAGCUACAUGUUUGGAAUGAGCGAUGUUGUGGCCCGUCAAUCAACUGAAGCAAACAAUGCUCAGAAUAUAAAAGAACCCGGGCUGGCGUGGAUGAUUGGCUUUCUCUUUGUUGUCAGCUUUCUUCGCCUCUUUUCUGUGGUUCCCCUUCGAAAGAUAAUGAUCAUAGACUUCAAACUCACAUAUCCAAGUGGAACAGCAACUGCUUGAUAGGGACAUAGACAGCCUAUAAUAAUAAGAAUAAUAGAAUUAUAAUAAAUAAUGUAAUAGUGUACAAAUAAGGUUGUUGGGCCAUUUAUGUUAUGAUUUUGGGCCAGCCCUUGAGGGUAGCCUUAUUAUAAGAGUGGGAAGUGGGGAAAGAGGAGGUUAGGCAGAAAUUGAGAUUGGACUGGGACUGGGAAGUUGGAGUCUAUCUCCUUCUUUGGGACUACUCUGUACGGUUUACCUGCUUUGAGUAAAAUUCAGUUUUCUUUACUUUGUUCUUAAUUCUCUGUGAAUGAUUCUGGAAUUGCGGAAGUUCUAACAUUGGUAUCAGAGCACGUUCAACACUGUGCGCAAAUGGAUUUAAGAUUGGAUGAGCUGGAGAGAAAACAGAAGAAAACGACCGAGACUUUGGAGGAAAUUCAGGUGACAAUCACCAACUUGGACAAGAGAGUCCAUAAUCUAUGGAAGAGCAGUUCGCACUCUUCGCAUAGGCCGCACAGUACCUCGCACCAUGGACACGCAAGAAAGUCCGAUCAGGAACAUCAUGGCAACAGAGCACUUCGAGCGAGGAACCCUAGUCAUCGUUCGUCGCAACCAUUCACAGGUUCGCAGUCGGAGUCGCGAGCUACUUCUCAUGGCUCGCAAUCGCGAACUACACGUCACUGUUCACAGUCGCGAUACAGAUCACAUGCGUCAAACGCAUCGCAUCGGGAAUCUCAUCUUCAUCAUACGCGAAGGUCAGCGAGUCCAGAGGACUCAGAAGAGCGGAGGCAUCCCAGAAAAUCUGGCGAUCGAACUGUUUCUUCGCCAAGCUCUUCACAUAGCUUUUAGAAGAGUUCUUCUCAUCAUUCUUAUCAUCGCUCUUCGCAUCAGACUAUCUCAAAGGACAUCAGUUCGCACUCAAGGAAGACACAAUUGAGAAGAGAAUCUUCUUCUUCACCAAAUGAUUCUCACAGUUUGCUAUCUUCUUCUAAAGCAGUUUCUAGGAACUCAGCUAAUUCAAAAACGGAGAAAUUACCUCUAUUUUACGAGGAUGAAGCGUACAAAUGGACAGAAAGGAUGGAAAGAUAUUUCCGAGUCCAAGCUAUUGCAGAAAGAUUUAAAGUGGACAUGGCAGCAAAGGCAAUGGGGGAUGCAGCAGAUGGCUGGUUUCAAUGGUGGGACUUUCACAAGAGAGAAGAUAGUUGGGAGGCUUUAAAGGAAGAUUUGAUUAGGGAUUUUCCACCUAGACACCGGCAGAAGACAGGGAGGACAGAAAAACAGGUAUCAUCAAGGUCACCAACAACUUCUAGUAGUUUGCAAGUUUCUCACCCUGAACAAGAUAUUGCCCAGUCAAUAAAGAAGACACAGAUGGAACUAACUGAACCUGUAAUCAGGCAAAUGAAUAUGAAAGAGGAAAUCAAGGACGUAAUUAAGGAGAAGACGGGGUUUGAGGAAAUCACAGUGAAUGGGUUUACCGGGGAAAAGGAGCAGACAACUGCUUAUACAUGGAAUCCUCUGCAGAAGACACUGACUAGAAGAAUUCAUCCAGAAUGGUUUCAAAAGUUAAUCAUACAAAUGAUUAGCAUUAAACUGGUAGGCACUGUUUUGAAGUUCAGAGAUGAAGACAGGAAGGAAUGGAAGGAAAAAGGAGGUUAUACGAGCAAACCUCAGCAGUGGAAUGAUGAGUAUAGCAAGUAUAAAUAUACUUAUGAGGCCAUAACAGCUGCUGUGCAACUUUCACCUAGAGACAAGAGUGAUAGAUAUCUUCCAGAUACAUCCAUUGAUUUUAUUGAUAAGGUUGGGUUGAUGAAGUCUAUCUUGAAGCCUGAUUUUAAAGUUGAUCAGCUUUCGGUUCUGGAUGUGGAAGGCUGCAAUGUGGUAUUUUCUGCAAUUCAGGACUCCUCUGAUUCUGUACUGAGAUGGACUGAUGAGUCUGCUCUUGGUAGCAAUAUUGAAGGACAUGUUCAUAAAAUACAGGAGUUUGGGGCGGUCAUCACUUUUAAGAAUCGGGAAACCAAUAUGUUCUUGAGUAUUCUGACCGAAGUUCAUCAGGAACCAGUCCCUGAAGCUCAUUCUGUUGCUGCAAGAGCUAUUGGCUCUCUUAUAAGGGAAAGGAAAGAAGAAAACUUCCCAGACUUGGGACUUUGGCGGUUGGAGAAUCUGACAUCGCAUGGCAGUACUGUGGUGCACAACUUAUUUUGCAUAAGGCUUGUUGUAGACAGUGAAUUGAGUAAUUUGAGCAACCUCAAAUCUGCAUCCAACUCACUGAUGACUCCCGAAGUAAGAGUCCUUGAGGAGUUUUUUGAAAAAGAGGAAUUAAUUGUAGCCAGUAAGUGCUUGAAGGCCACUGCAACAAAUGAAACUGCACACGACAUAUCUUCUGCAGCCGCAACAUCUGUGAUUUUGGAGGUACAAGUACUGAAGCUUCUGAUUCAACAAACUGCGAGAUAUUGGGAAGGAAGAGGCGCUCGGAUGAAGAAGAUGUUGAAGGUCAACAAGGCUCUUUCCUAUCACCCACCUUGAGGACAAGGUGGUUGUUCAAGGGGGGAGAUAUGAUAGGGACAUAGACAGCCUAUAAUAAUAAGAAUAAUAGAAUUAUAAUAAAUAAUGUAAUAGUGUACAAAUAAGGUUGUUGGGCCAUUUAUGUUAUGAUUUUGGGCCAGCCCUUGAGGGUAGCCUUAUUAUAAGAGUGGGAAGUGGGGAAAGAGGAGGUUAGGCAGAAAUUGAGAUUGGACUGGGACUGGGAAGUUGGAGUCUAUCUCCUUCUUUGGGACUACUCUGUACGGUUUACCUGCUUUGAGUAAAAUUCAGUUUUCUUUACUUUGUUCUUAAUUCUCUGUGAAUGAUUCUGGAAUUGCAGAAGUUCUAACACUGCUCUCUUAAUCAACAGUUUUCAUACCCCGAAAGGAGCUAAGCUGGCAAAGAAACAAGUAAAAGCACUUGGGAAAUACUCCACCGUCAGCUUCCUUUGGGGUUUCUUCCAGUGGUUUUUUACGGCAGGGGAUGCGUGUGGGUUCGUAAACUUUCCCACAUUUGGGCUAAAAGCAUAUGACAACCGGUUUUACUUUGACUUCUCAGCAACCUAUGUGGGCGUUGGGAUGAUUUGUCCAUAUCUCAUCAACAUAUCUGUCUUACUUGGAGGAAUCCUCUCAUGGGGGAUAAUGUGGCCUCUCAUCAAGGAAAGGAAGGGUCACUGGUAUCCAGCAAAUCUCAGUGAAAGCAGCCUGCAUGGCUUGCAAGGAUACCGUGUUUUUAUAGCAAUCGCCAUGAUUCUUUGAGAUGGUCUCUACAACUUCUGCAAAGUAUUGGGGCAUACCCUGUAUGGAUUGUAUCACCAAAUGAAAAACAAGUCAGUCCUCCCGGUCGCGGGACAAUCACCCCCAGAACCUUCUAUGUCAGUUGAUGACAAGCGAAGAACUGAAGUUUUCCUCAAGGACCAAAUCCCGAUGUGGUUUGCAGUGUCGGGCUAUGUCACGAUCGCCAUUAUCUCAACAAUAUCACUUCCUCAUAUCUUCAACCAGCUGAAGUGGUACCACAUUGUGGUGAUCUACAUUGUUGCACCCGUACUAGCCUUCUGCAAUGCAUACGGAGCGGGCCUCACCGAUUGGUCGUUGGCUUCUACGUACGGGAAGCUUGCAAUCUUCACGAUCGGGGCGUGGGCAGGGGCCACACAUGGUGGUGUUCUUUCAGGACUAGCCGCAUGCGGGGUGAUGAUGAACAUCGUGUCCACCGCGUCAGACCUGACGCAGGACUUCAAGACGGGUUACUUGACCCUGGCUUCCCCUCGGUCCAUGUUUGUCAGCCAAAUCAUUGGGACGGCGAUGGGGUGUGUCAUCUCGCCUUGCGUGUUCUGGCUCUUCUACAAGGCAUUCCACGACUUGGGGCAGCCGGGAUCAGAGUACCCAGCACCUUAUGCGCUUGUGUAUCGUAACAUGUCCAUCUUGGGGGUGGAGGGGUUCUCGGCACUACCAAAGCAUUGCCUCACGCUGUGCUAUGUCUUCUUCAUUGGGUCAAUUGUCAUAAACGGGAUAAGGGAUGUGGUUGGGAAGAAGAGGGCGCAGUUCAUUCCGAUCCCCAUGGCGAUGGCCAUCCCGUUCUACCUGGGAAGUUACUUUGCCAUUGACAUGUGUGUGGGGAGCUUGAUUCUUUUCAUUUGGAGGCAGAUAAAUGAGAAGAAGGCUGAUGCAUUCGCGCCGGCAGUGGCUUCCGGGCUAAUAUGUGGGGAUGGGAUCUGGACUUUGCCUCAGUCCGUGCUGGCUCUCGUUGGGGUCAACCCGCCCAUUUGCAUGAAGUUUCUGUCCCGGAAGAACAAUGCCAGGGUCGAUGCCUUGUUAGCAGCUGCUUCUUGAAUCUUUUUUCUUUCAUCAUGCCCCACCCCUUUGUUAAUUAGACUCGGCAUUAUUAUCAGGAUGCAUUGUUACCCUUGAGAUGUCACACACACAUAUAGUUGCAAUAGAAAUAUGAUUAUACGUUUUCUUUUUACAAUACAAGGGUUGUCAAGAUUGUAACUAUUGACAGAAACAUAAGGUAU